AUGGCAACAAGAUACGUUGACCGUCCUAUCCCUCGCAUCUCGCUGCGCGACUUCGACCAGCGCAUCGAUGAAAUCACGGCCGAACUCGUCAACGCCGCUGAGAACGUGGGCUUCUUCACCCUAGUUGACCAUGGCAUUUCCGUCUCCGAAAUCGAGAACAUGUUUUCCACUGCACAGCGCUUCUUCUCCCUCCCCGACGACAUCAAAGCCACUGUGCCAUGGAACGCCAACAACUUCGGGGAGAACAUGACCGACCUGUGGAUGAGCGAUGCACAUCUUCCUGGAUUCAAAGACACAUCCCUCGCAUUCAUGCACCGCGUACAGAAAGUCUCUGAGCGCUUAAUGGUCUGUUUCGCGCGCGGCCUCGGCUUCCCGGAUGACUUCUUCAUCAAAUGCCACGAUGUAUCGCGACCGAACGAACAAACCACCAUGCGACUACUACAUUACUACGCUCUACCAGACCAACCUGACGGGAAGACCUACCACCGGGCUGGAGCACAUGCAGACUGGGAUUUCUUGACCCUCCUAUUUCAAAAGGAAGGCCAGAGCGGGCUGGAGAUCUGCCCCGGACGAGAAGUCGUGACAGAGUUUGGGAUCGGCGAUGAAUGGACACAAGUGGAGGCACAUACUGGAGAUAUAGUGUGUAAUAUUGGGGACUUGCUGAUGUCGUGGUCGGAUGAUCGGUUCAAGUCCACGUUUCAUCGCGUCAAGGCGCCGUCCGAACCAGGUGAUUAUUUCGGCGAUCGAUAUAGUAUCGCGUACUUCAAUCAGCCGUGCAAGGACGCGCUAAUCCAAGGGCCGAAGAAGAAGUAUCCUCUUGUUACCGGGGAGCAGUUUAAUGCGAAUGCGAUGAAGAGAAACUUUGCGGCGUUGCAGGAGAAGUUGAAGUUGAUGGAGCAGGCUGCUUGA